AUGGCGGCUCCCGCGGACGAACCGAGGACGGAGGACGAUUUUUGGGCCGAGCUCGGGCCCGUGGUGAAACGGGAGCCCGCGAUUAAACUGCUGAGCGCGUUCAGCGGCCUCGAGCCUCUGGCGUGGUCGGAAGACCACCGUCUCGCGGCGUCCACCGCCAGCAGCGUGUCCCUCGUGGAGCUGGUGUGCGACGUGCACGGCUACAGCCAAGAUUUAGUGUUGCACCGCACUCACAUCCCAGCUCCGGACUCCGCAUGCGAGCUGAAGGUGGGCCCAGACGAUGAAGUGAAGAAGGCAAAAGAAAAGCUUGAAAAUUGUACCGACCCAGCAGCGAGGCAGCUUUUUCUGAUGGACAGAGUCCUGAACCCCCAGGGCGGCCCGCUGCGCGGCGUCAAGUACACCAGCUGGUCCCCGCUGGGCUGCGAUGUGAGCGGCCGCUGCCUCCUGGCCUGCCUGAUGCUGGACGGCCGCCUCACCGUCCACAGCGGCCACAAGCGUCUCCAGUGGUCUACGCUCCUGGACCUCACCGAGCUGUAUGGGGACAUGCUGAGGUCCAGGGACUACUGCACGCAGAGCGGCGACGCCCCCCUCGGCUCGCUGGAGGAUGCGGACGAGCUCCGGCGGCGCUACCGCAUGCAGACACCCGUGCGGAUGGAAUGGUCCGGCCUGUGCAACACGCAGCAGGUGCAGAGCAACAACGAGUGUAAGGAUGUGGGCACGGUGCUGCUGGCCGUGCUGAUGGAGAACGGCGACCUGGCGGUGUGGCAGUUCCGCCUGCCCGUGCAGGGCAAGGGCUCGGUGGUGUCCUGCAACACCAUCCGGUCCGGCGUGUCGAUGCCCAGCGUGCUGGCGUGGUGGGAGUACGAGCACGGAGGCCGCAGGAUGAGCGGCUUGAUCGUGGGCAGCUCGGUGGGGCCCAUCAAAAUUCUGCCCGUCAACCUGAAGGCGGUGAAGGGCUACUUCACGCUGAGACAGCCCGUGGUACUGUGGCAGGAGACGGACCAGAUCCCCGUGCACAACAUUCGCUGUAUCUCGCUGUACCACCCGCACCAGAAGUGCAACUGUAGCCUGGUGGUGGCGGCGCGUGGCGCCUACAUCUUCUGGUGCCUGCUGCUCAUCUCCAAGGCUGGGCUGAACGUGCACAACUCGCACGUCACCGGUCUGCACUCCACUCCCAUCACCUCCAUGAGCGCCAGCCGCAACGGCGGCUCAGUCUUCACCUGCUCACUGGACGGUACUGUCAAGAAGCUCACGCCGGUGUUCACCGACGUGGCUGUGGUCUUCAAGCAGCAGGCCAUCACCCUGCCCGAGGGCGUGGCCGGCAGGCGCGUCCACGGGAUCUCGGUCAGCCCCAACGGCGCCUACCUGGCGCUGGCCUCCACCGAGGGCAUGGUCAACGGGCUCCACCCGGUGACGCGCGAGUACCAGGUGCAGUUCGUCACGCUGAAGACGCCGGACGAGGCGGCAGCCGAGCUGUUGGAGUCGCAGCUGCGGAGCCUCUACCGGCAGGCGGACCUGCUGGACCUGGUGCGCUGCCGUGUGCUGCGGGACAAACGCAUCCCGCCCUUCUUGCAGGACGAGCUGGAUGACAAGGUGCCCACGGCGGGCUGCGUCUACCUGUGGCGCCUCAAGCUCUUCCUCCUGCGCAUCCUGUACCAGUCCAUGCGCAAGGCCCCCGUGGAGGCACGUUGGAGGCCCACGCACGAGGACAGCAAGGCGUUCCUGGCCGACGAGGAGGACGAGCCGGACGGCGGGGGGCGAGGAGCGGAGGCCGGCGGCACGGAAGAUCUCGGGGCGAAGGAGGGAGACGGGGACGCCGGUGAGGAGCAGAUGAACGAAAUCUUGGCCUGGAUUGAGGAGGCCGAGUCGCACCUGACGCGCGAGCACAUGAAGCGGGUGCUGGGGGAGGUGUACCUGCACACGCUGAUCACGGAGAACACCUGCAUCCCCACCAAGGGGCUCUGCGACUUCCUCUCCAGUGACCCCACCAACGAAGACAGGGCAGCCAAGGUCCUGAUUGGUCACAUAAUGAAGAAGAUGAACAAGCAGACAUUUCCGGAACAUUGCCGCCUGUGUAAGGAGGUUCUGCCCUUCACAGACCGUAAGCAGGCCGUGUGCAGUAACGGACACAUCUGGCUCAGGUGUGUGCGGUCAUAUCAGGUCUGUCAGAGUGUGACGUAUCGUCGCUGUCUGCUGCAGGACAGUAUAGCUUCAGUGCCGUUGCCUGAGGAUCCUGACUGGGUGAAGAAGAUCCUUCAGGGGCCGUGCACAUUCUGCGACUCGCCGCUCCUCUGACGCUCUGGACCUACAGAGCACCACGGCUGCCCUCACACCCUGCCCAAGUCUGCCGCUGGCACACGCCACAUCCCGGAGAUUCCACACUUAACUUUUUCGUUUGUUGUUUCCUUUUUAUACUCAGUGGGCUGAUUUAUAAUCAUCUUAAAUGCUCCUUGGGCCCAUCGCGGACUAUUAAAACGUGAAUUUUCUCAUAUUUUUGGCCACUUCUGUAAUGUAGAGAAGGCCCGUGUGUGCAUACACGACGUGUUCCCUCUGUCCGGGAAUGCUUUUUGUCCCGCUCUGUGGAACUCCUUUGCAGUUGUCCCAGGGAUUGAUCUUGUGCUGCUAUGACACACUACUCUUUUUCUAGUUUUUUUUUUUUUUGCCAGAGACAUGCGUUCUUUCUCUUCGAGCCUCACUGUGUCGUUUCCAGUGCUUAAUUGGCUUUGCUAAGAGUUCUGCUAGCCGAAAGCCUCCCUCUCUGGGUGAGAACUUUUCUUAUAUAGGCUGGAUGAGGAGAGAGAAAGAUGAGAGAGAGAGAAGUAUGUGAGCGAGCGAGCGAGCGAGAGGGGGCAGAGGCAGAGGUAAAAGCGUUCCUUUAGACUGAUUCAGUCCUCCCCGAGGGGCAUGCCUCUAAUGAGAUACUGGAGUAAUGAGGAACAGAUUCUAGCCACAGAUGUGAUUCUCAUUUUAAUUAAGAAUGGGGGACGGGGGGUGUUGAGUGCAUAUUGUUAAAUGUAGUUAACCCUCUUUUUGUGGACUGUGGGGAAAUACACUGGUGUAUGGAGGUUGAGACCACAUGGGUGUCUCCUUGCCUGCUUUCCUUCACACCUACAUGGGGUCGGUGGCAGGAGACGAUGUAGCUGUAGCCUAGGCCUGUCAGCUCCGGUGCGUUCACUCUCACCCCCCCGUGUCGCUCAUCGACCCCGCUGCCCUUCGUCCGCUCUGGGCUUGCCACCGCUGAUCGCACUCCCCUCCACCCUCUGCCCAGCGGUCUCUGAUGACUGUGCCAGAUAAGGGUGGUGUGAUUCCUGUCCCUGCGUCAAGCCUUUAUUUACUUUCUCAUAAUGCACCAAAAAAAAAAAAAAAAGAUGGUGUUUCUGUGUUUAAUGUUUUCGGAUUAUUAGACUCAGAAGGUGCCUUUCAUUGUCCCAGUAGUGGUACAUGCAGAAGCAGUGAUGUAAGUCUCACUGGCAGUGUGAUAAGUGAGUCAUUUGAUUGACAGGUGUUUGAGCACGCUAACCAUGCACUGGUCCACUGAGCUCCAGGACCACAGAGCAGUCAUUCAGUACAGCACCAAAGUGUCUUGCUUGUCACUGUAAAUGUGUUCAAAAACAUUCGAGCUUAAAGUCUUAAAAUUGUGAAAGACUUCUAAAAGAAUGUUUUGGGGGGGGGGUUCCCCUCUUUACGGGAGGUGUUCCCCUCUUUACGGGAGGUGUUCUUUAGGUGGUACUCCCAACAUCGAUCAACAUUAUUUGUGAUUUCCACAUACACAGUACACAGGCCAGUCUGCCUGCAAAGAAUAAAUGUCACAAUCUGGAAUGAACAUGAGAGAAAUUUUUUUUUUUCUGCAAUUUGUGCUGCUUGUUUUGUCAAAAGGAAAUUUAUCCUUUGGGUGUGAGCGUGUGUUACUCUAAUAGAUGGAGACUGGUUCCAUUGGACACAUUAGCCGUGUUUUGGUGCGCGUGUGCUACUCUGAUAGAUGGAGACUGGCUCUGGUAAAAAUGUUAGCCGUGUUUUGGUGGAACCUCCUACGUCUUUAAUAUAACGAUCUGUCAGAAAGCAUUUCUGCCAUAAUUACAGUUCCCCUCCCUCUGCCUGUGUGCACACUCUCGCCACACUUCAGAAGGAGAUUUCUUUUUCUCCUCAUGCAAUAUUCAUAACCUUUGUGUUCAGGACUUAGCUGCUUUAAACACCUGGAUUAACUCACUUUUAUUAAAGGUAAUAAGGUAAUAUAUAUGUAUUCUCAGAGGAACCUCCUAUACACCCAAAUCUGUUGGGCCAAAACAAUAUCCCAUCAUCUCGCACAUAUCAGCUUUGCCUCUGUCUGAUUGAAGUCUGUAACACAAAGUUGACUGGCACUGUUUCUAAGGGUUACAGGGACGUUACUAUGGUGUCUCGAUUUCAAAGUCCCAUUUUUCUUGCUGGGGUACUGUAUUUGGCUUCUGUCUCUGCAUCCCACUGCUAUCAUCAACUGCAUCAUGGAUCACGUGCUAUCUACGUAACUAACAAAAAUGUUUUUUUUGUCUAUACAAUGAUAUACCUUGUAAAUAAAUAUUAUCAUUUUGUUUUUGUAAAGUA